CAUGCGCUCGGACCGUGCCGUGACCUGCUGCUCCGGCUAUGCUAGGGGUUCGUACCAACAGAUGUUCCGCAGAAAACACAGUCUGUGCGCGUUUUUUUCUGAAAUGUUUCGCAUUAAACGAUAAUGAUUCAGUGAAAGUAGAAGGUAACCAGCGUGGCAGCAGUGAAUGCUAUGAGCGGCGGUCCGUAUUUAGUAGCGCGUGUUUAUAUUUUAAGUUUACCAGAGCUAGCUGGCUAGCUAACUUAAGCUUGUUUCCAGCUAGCCAAAAGUAAAACAGGGAUCGGAGCUACAUGACUGAGAGCUUGUGGACUUUGUUUCUAGAUAAGCUCCGUCGAGCAGCAGCAGCAGCUUGACGCUCAUCAUCAUGGACUCGUGAAGUCCUCAGGCUUCAGCGACUCAUCAGGUCGCUUGUGGUCAUUUGGACCUGAGGUCCCCGUUCAGCCUAUAACCUGAGUCGGCGUCGGGUGGGGACAGAUGGGGAGCUGUUGCUGUCGCGCUGAGAGUCCCUGUGGCAGUUUGGAGGAACGAAGCGGUUUGCUGACGGAUGACUCAAAGGUCACAGGGCCUGCAUGUGAAAGAGUGAUGGUGGGCACUUGUGGCCCCGAAGAAGAUGACGAUGACAUGAAGACACCUGAUGAGGUCAUUAUAAAGGCGGGGGUAAAGGCUGAGGCUGUACAGGUGAAGCCGUCUCCUGAGGUUGCAGAGACGAAGCCCAAUAACACUCAGGAGAACGGACCCAUGGUAGAGGUGGUCACAAAAGAAGCAACACCUUCUCCCAGGAAAGGGUCCAAACUCAGAAAAAACUCCACCAGAGCACAAGAUGAAGAGCCAAAGGACCGUCCUGUGGACAGUGGACCACCUGAACCUCUGCCAUGCACUUUAAGCUCCCUGCAGAAAGAACCCGCCAAGGUCGAUUGGGAGGCUCUUACACCAACAAACGUGGCACCAGAGGAAGAAAAUCCCACCUCUCCGCAGGACAACAUCCCUGAAAGAAGCUCACUAACAGCCAAGGCAGUUUGUGCUGAAAACCACACUGAGACAAACGCAACAGGAGAGCACAUUACAGUGGCCGCUACUCAUGAUAACGCUGAAGAAACAGAUAUCAAGGUCGACAUCGCUGCACCCGAGCCAUCGGGGGAGUUUUCUCAGAAUGAUAAAGAGGCGUCUGUGCCAAACACUCAGCUCACUGCGGCAGUUUGUCAGCUGUCGUCCGUCUCUGCAGAGAUCGACAAAGAGUCUCAGAGCUGCGCUGUGACAGAUGAUCCAGGGAGAUCUUCAGUGUCCACGGAGGAAGAGGCCGCUCCUGAAGUCACAAAUAGCCAUGAUGUCUCUGAGUCUUCCUCUGGACAAGAGCCCGCAGGACUCAACCACAGCGGUGAAGAAGAUAUCUCAGCCAACUGCGUCGAGGAGCCAGCGACCACAGCUCCGAAGGGCGCCAGCGAGAGCUCUGAUCAGGAUGCAAAGCCAGAUCCUGAGUGUGCAACUACGAGCUCAAAGGAGGUCACUGCCUUGGAGAACAACAAACAGGAUAUAGGGGAGGAAACGAUGCUGAAGGGAGAGGACAAAGAUGGAGAUGUUCCCAAAGGGAAGGAGAAAGAUGAGAUGAUGGAGGAGGUGGAAAACGCUCCCACGGAGACUCAGGCUGGGAAAGAUGCUGAGCUUCAGGAGGCGACUGAAGGAGAAGUAGAGGAGCCGCCGGCGAGCUCGUCCAGUGGCGUAAAGCCUGAAGAGACAUCUGUUGCAGAGAAGGGACAGUUUGCUGAAGAUGGCCUCGGGAGCAGUGAAGAAGACUUGUACAGAGGAUUUGAGGAACUGUCUGUGCCAGAAGACGAUAAACCAGGUUCGCCGUCUGUGUCCGAAACUACACUUUUAAAGGUGGAGGACAAAUGCAGUUUGGACCCGGCGAUGGAUAUUCUGUCUUACAGUGAGAGAGAGUGGAAAGGAAAUACUGCCAAAAGUGCUCUAAUUAGAAAGGGUUACAAAGAGAUGUCCCAGAGGUUUGGCAGCUUGAGGAGAGUGAGGGGGGACAACUACUGCGCCCUGAGAGCAACACUGUUCCAGGUGCUCUCCCACAGCACCCAGCUGCCCGAGUGGCUGCAGGACGAGGACAUCACUAUGCUGCCGAAGCAACUUGAGGCCCAGGAAGGUCUGAUAAGUCAGUGGACAUUCCCUGGAGAAUGCCUGCAGGGAGAUGGGACUGGAGAUGCCGCCCUGCAGCUAAAAGGCUACAUGGAGCUUUUCCGAAAUAAGUGGCAGGCAGCGGUGGACUGCUCCUCUGCUGUGGAGCGGCAGCAGCUGUGCGAGCGACUGUUUCAUGGAGGAGAAGAGGAGCUGGGGCUGCUGGAGGCGCUCAAGCUGCUGAUGCUGGGCAGAGCGGUGGAGCUGCACGGCUGCAUGCAGGCCGGCGGCGACGUGCCGCUCUUCUGCUGGCUGCUGUUCGCCCGGGACUCGUCCGACUGCCCCCGCUCCUUCCUCUCCAACCACCUCAGCCACGUGGGCCUCAGCGCCGGGUUAGAGCAGGUGGAGAUGUUCCUGCUGGGCUACGCCUUGCAGUGCACCAUUCAAGUUUACAGACUGUACAAGGCCGACACAGAGGAGUUUGUCACCUACUACCCGGAUGACCACAAGGACGACUGGCCGUCCGUGUGCCUCGUCACGGAGGACGAUCGCCACUACAACGUGCCAGUUGUAGAAGCGGCAGAACACAAGAAAGUCAACUUGAGCUGAUCACCGCUGCAGAGAAAUCUCCUGCCAUACAAACACUCCUCAGGUCAAUCUAGAUGAAAAGAUUUACAACAAUUAAAGGGAUGGUUCGACAUUUUGGGAAACGCGCUUUCUUACUGAGAGUUCGAUGAGAAGAUCGAUACCGCUCGUGUCUGUAACAGCUAGUUAGCUUAGCUCAAACAUCGCUAGCCUGGCUCUGGCCUUAUGUAAUAAUUUUCUAAGGCUCAUUAAUUAAAAGAGAGUUUUCUAGGUUUAUAUCACUCUGCAGCUACCUAAUAGUGUUCCUUAUGUAUUCAAAUCAAAUCAAAUUGUGUGGAGGAAAGGGCCCAAGUGCUACGACCUACGCAACUGCCUCUACGAACAUUUGAUCAUUUAAAUAUGACUUGCUCUUUAACAUGUUAUUUCUUCUCUUUCCGACUGAACAAAAACUGAAGUUUAAAAAUGACAGGUUGUGGUUUUACAGAUUAUUUCUCUUCUGAUCAUUUAAACAAACAAGAUCAAACGUGUUUUUUUAGUUUCAGACGUAGAGAUGCUAGAGACUAGCAUUAUGGCCAUUGCCAUCUUUGUUGUUUGGAACCAGAAGUGACCAUAUUUGGAUGAGAGGGUGGAGCUGAUUGGAUCUGACUCAGAGCCCGUCGUUAGCGACAUGACAGUCACAAGGUAGCCACGGACGUUGGACCAUAAUUCACUAAAUGAACAUCAUGUUGUUUUUUAGAGCGAUUUAAAAGCGGCGGCUGAGAUGAUAAACUCUGUAUGGAACUGUUCACUGAGGUAAUAAAUCAGCUGAGAAAAAGGGUAAUUUUUUCAUAAGCUUAUAUAAAAUCAGACUUCUUUUUGUAACCAGCUGAGUUGAUCCCUAUGGGCCAUUUGAAAGAAUGCUGGUUUAAUGGCUUCACUUUUAAGACCCUGAAGCUCCGUCCAUAUUUUACAUGUCACAGUCAGUAGAUUAGCUGUUUUCCUGUUUCCAGCCUGUGUGCUAAGCUAAGCUAACCAGCUUCUAGUAUUUGCUCGAAGGGGCAACGAUCUUCAUAUUUAACUCAAAGCAAGAAAGCAAACAAGCGUAUGAUCCGAAAUGUCUGUUCUUUUAAAAAUAUGCUGAUUCAGACCCUGUACAAGAUGUGAUUUACACGUUUGUACACACUGUACUGUACACAGAUUUUUCUAUUCGAGUAUUUGUACAUACGUGCAUCUGAUACUGCAGGAGCAUCUCAGUUGGGUUCAAAUUAGUUUGCAGGUUGUCAUUUUGAUUUUUCUGGACAACCUUUUUAUGUUUUAUACUCUUCUGUAAAAAAUCCCUGAUCAGAAAACACACUGAGCUGCCAAAACGGUGCCAAAUUGAUUACAUGGAUGGUGUUUACACUGGAAUUUGGGCACUUUUGAUUUGUGUAUUUAUUGAUUUCAUUAUGUAAAAAAAAAAAGAAAGAAAUGCAUUUAAAUGACAGCUGCAAGUGACAUGACUGCAUUUAGUCAGUGAAAGUGUUGGAUGAUCUAUCAGGUUUAACAGCAGCUCACACCAGAUUACGAUCGGAGGACUUUGAAGUAUAAUCGCAGCAGGAUUUGUGAAGGUCUGUGUGUGUGUAUGUGUGUUUGUAACUGUGUGUGUGUGUCAGACUCAAUGUGUAACAUGUUGCCUUUAACCAAGCUGCUCUGAGGGAGAAAAAACGUGCCAAUGUUGCUGCAAAUACUGGCAACAAUCCCAAACACCAGCCACUGGAUUCAGUAGUAAAAAACGCUCGCUUGGUCCUCCAUGUUGCCUUAGAAAUAAUGCACAAUAAGAAUGAAUGUUGGUCGUUAGUGAGAAGAGGCCAUUUUCUUGCCCUAAAUCCGGAGCGGGUAAAGGUGAUAAUGUUAACAGUGAAAACAUCGCUCAUGCCAUUUUACAGGAACGUUCUUGCACUGUCAGAUUUUUGGAUGGCGUUUAGAUAAAAUGAAAAAGUACAAUUUUUGUAAAAGUCUUUUUGUUGUUGUUGUUUAUUUAAGGUUGAUAUGAUUUGAUCAGCUUGGUAUUUGACUCUGCCUAAUUUGAAAGAACUAUAAAACAUGA